AUGAAGCUAAAUAAAACCAAGAUGGCUAAUAAAGAGAAGAUAGAUUUGUUUGAUAUAAUGGAUGCUAAUUAUCUUCUAGAAAAGUAUAUUCUAUUAACAAAUAUAGAUUUCAAAGACCUGCAUAAAGAAAUUUCAAAAAUGCUAAAACUUAAGUGCUUAUCAUAUUCUCUGGAUAAAGAAUUUAAAGAAGUGAACAGAAUUAUAUUUGGAAAACAUCUCAGAAUUUUCAUAUUCCUAUCAGUUAUGAUUAAGAGAGAAACAAAAAAUGUACACUUUCUUGUUAAUACCAGCUCCCCCAACUAA